AUGUAUAGAACACAAGAGUAUUCAUACCGUCUCCCUCAAGGGUCUGAUAAUAAUAUUCAUAAUAAUAACGAUAACCCGUACAAUGAUCAAAGACUAUCAAAAUCAGAUCUCAAUAGUCAUGGAAACUCACAUGCACAAGUACCUCACCCUAACAAUAUAAACACUAACAGCAAUAACAAUAAUAUCAACAUGGAAUCAUUUAAUCCCAACCCUUUAGGUAGAGGAGGUGGUGGAGGAGGAGCCGGUAAUAUUAAUAGUACUGGUAAUAACAGUAAUCAUAAUAAUAAUCGUAAUUAUAACAAUAAUACAAACGCUACUAAUAAUAUUCCCGUUCAAGAAUUAGAGUUAACAGCAGGUCCAAAUCAGUUGAAAUUAGAAGAUGAUACCCAAUUCUUUGGAGAAUUAUUAAUGAAUUCAGGUGUAUUGAAUGAUUCAGGCCCUAAAUUGGCAUCACACGCUCAUUUAAAUGCAUUAUCAAGUCAAAAUGCAAUGAAUGCUCAAACUUCUUCCUCUAAUAAUAAUAACAAUAAUAAUGGUAAUAUACCAACUGCACAAAUAGCACCAGAUCGAUAUUUAGAACAAAUGAAUAAUAAUAACGAAAAGGUAAACAACAACAAUUCAAAUAAUAUACAAAUAAAUCACGAUAAUGGAAUUUCUGACGGUAAUCCAAAUCCGAAUCCAAAUCCAAAUCCAAAUGUAAACGCAAGCGCAAACGCAAACGCAAACAUAGACCCAAACGUAAAUGGAAAGCAACUUUUUCCUGGUGAUCCUCUACAAUUCCCUAAUAAUAUACCGGCUGCUAAUAGACAAUUGUAUUUGAUGAAUAUGUUUAAUAAUCGUCAUGUAAUAAAUGAUUCAACCAUACAAGAAACAUUAUCACCUUAUUUCCAACCAUAUGGUGUAGAUGUCGCUCAUUUACCAAUGACAAAUCCACCUAUUUUCCAAACAGCUUUCCCUCUAUUAAAUGAUGAACCCAUUCGUAGGAGACGGAUUUCUAUUUCAAAUGGUCAAAUUAGUCAAUUAGGGGAUGACAUUGAAACUGUGGAAGGUUUAUAUAAUUCACAACCUCCUCCUUUGCCUCAAAAGUAUGAUCCUAAUCAUCAUAAUCUUAAUCCUAAUCAUAACCAGCAUCCUAUGAAUACCACCAAUAUAGGUCACCAACGUAUGCGUCAGCAACAACAACGACAACAGCAACAUAUACCACCACCACCGCCACAACAUACCAUGUAUCAACAACAACAACAACAACAACAAAGGGAUAACAAUGACCCCAGAUACUCUGAUAAUAAUAAUAAUAAUAAUAGUAAUAAUAGUAGUAGAACAUUAAAACCAGGACUAGAAAGAAAACAAUCCUAUCAAAUGAUGAAUGAACAACAAAAUAACGAAAAAUUAACAUCAAAUUCCACUUCUGCUCCUACAUCUAACAGAAUCAUUACCGAUUCAACAUUAAGUCUUAGAAAUUCAGACGCUGGUAUUAUACCAAUGACUAAAAUGGUAGUGCCCCUUCAAUCUACUACUAAAUGGAAUAAUAAUAACGGUACAACUACUGUGACUCCUCAAUCUAUGCCAUCUGGAACAACUUCAACAAAUUCAAAUUCUUCUCCUCAAUACCCUUCAUAUGGAAUACCGACAACUAACACUGCCGUAACAACUACUCAACAACAACAACAACAACAAAAUCCAUUGAAUAAUAAUACCAACAUCAAUAAUACAAAGCAAAGACCAAGAUCCUCUCGUUUAAGAAACUCAUAUUCAUUAUCUCCAGCAACUCAAAAUUCUCCUCCUCCAACUACUUCAAAUCCCGAUUUCUUGAAAAAAGAAGAAAGUUAUGAUGACGUUAUAUCUCAUAAUAACAUUAACAAUAAUAAUAAGAGGGCAAAUAUAAAUGGUCAAGAUUAUAUAGACAUUUCCGACAACAAUAAUAACCAUCAAGAAAGUAACUCAAGAUAUGGAUCCAUGUCCAUGGACAUUAACAUGACUAACAUGCCUAACAACAAUAACAAUAACAACGGUAAUAUGAAAAUAUAUAUGCAUGGGAAUGACAAUGAUCCAAUUCCAGGCACCACAGCAUGGAAGAAGGCAAGACUAUUAGAAAGAAAUAGAAUUGCUGCAUCGAAAUGUAGACAAAGGAAGAAAAUUGCUCAAUUACAAUUACAAAAGGAUUUUGAUAAAUUGACAAAGGAAAAUUCUAUCAUGAAAAGGAAAUUAAAUUAUUAUGAAAAAUUAGUCUCCAAAUUUAAGAAAUUUUCAGAAGCUCAUUUAUUGAAAUGUGGUGAUUCUAAUAAGGAAUCUUUGAAAAUUAUAGAGGAAAUGUUGAUGAUUGAUUCAGGGAUUAAUAAAGUAGAUGAUAAUACAGGAUUAGUAGUGGCUUUGAAAGAUAAUAAAGAAGAUAGUACUAAUAGUAAUAGUAGUAGUGCUGAUGAUAAUGAUAUUGAUGGCAGAACGAAUAACCUGAGUACCGGUAGUAGUAGUCCUAACAACACUGUCAUUGAUGGUACCAAGAUCGUUUGUGAUAUUCAUUCGGACGAAAAUCAAAAUCACAUACUAUGA